GACAGGGACCCAGAUGAACAGGGACAUAAAGGAGCUGGGUGAUGUCAGAGAGCUGAGGCAGAGUUCAGGAACAGCCAUGAAAGAGGAUUUAAAGUGACCUGUACCAGUGACAUUUCUUCUCCCUGGACUGUGGUUUUACCCUCACUGUCAUCCAGUCCAGAAAGUCAUUGAUUUUUUCAGGUCAGACGGUCUUUGAGAAGAUGAACAGAUCUUCUGCCACCAACGAAGAUGGCAAUGGGGCUCUGAAGUGCCAAAAGUUUUCUCCUGAAGGGAAACUCCAGGAAGGGAAUAACAAGAAGGUGGAACUGGGGAAGAAGGUGACGCUGCUCCGAGGAAUCUCCAUCAUUGUUGGGACCAUUAUUGGAGCUGGGAUAUUCAUCUCACCAAAGGGGAUCCUGAAACACUCCGGCAGCGUAGGAAUGUCCCUGGUAGUCUGGAUUGCCUGUGGUGUCCUAUCACUUUUUGGAGCUCUUUGCUACGCUGAGCUGGGAACCUGCAUUAAGAAGUCAGGAGGACAUUACACAUAUAUAAUGGAAGCAUUUGGACCUCAGGUGGCUUUUAUUCGGCUUUGGGCCGAUCUCAUUGCAAUAAGGCCUGCAGCCAUGGCCGUCAUUUCUCUGGCCUUUGGGCAGUACAUCCUGGAGCCGCUCUUCAUGCCCUGCAGUAUCCCCCCCAUGGCCGUCAAGCUGGCCACAGCCAUCGGCAUCACUUCUGUUGUUUACCUGAACAGUAUGAGCGUCACCUGGACGGCCAGGAUCCAGAUCAUCCUCACCAUCAGCAAGUUGGUGGCCAUCGCCACCAUCAUCAUACCUGGGAUGUACCAGCUCUUCAAAGGAAAUACCAAAAACUUUGAGAAUGCCUUUGAGUUGAGCAACGUCCAGCUUUCUGGAAUGCCCCUGGCUUUCUACUCUGGGAUGUACGCUUACGCCGGCUGGUUUUAUCUAAACUUUGUAACGGAGGAGGUCGACAACCCAGAGAAGACGGUCCCAUUAGCCAUCUGUAUCUCAAUGGCUAUUGUGACCUUCUGCUAUGUGUUGACCAAUGUGGCCUACUACACUGUGAUGUCAGCAGAAGAACUCCUGGCCUCAGAUGCUGUCGCUGUGACAUUCGGUACUAUUGCUUUUUCUGCACUGUUAUUAUAUUGUCCAGUAGUUUCCAUUAUCUCAUGUUUAUCUGUGUUCCAUGCAUCCUCCAGAAUGUUCUAUGUAGCGUCACGUGAGGGCCAUCUCCCUGAGGUCCUGUCUAUGAUCCAUGUCCGCAGACACACUCCACUGGCUGCUGUCCUCAUACUGUAUCCAAUGACCCUGCUCCAGCUCUUUGUCGGGGACAUUUACAGCCUGCUGAACUUCAUGAGUUUUCUGCGGUGGCUGUUUAUUGGAGUGGUGGUUCUGGGUUUAAUCUACCUCCGAUUUACCAAGCCUGAUCUGCCCCGCCCCUUUAAGGUGCCACUCUUCAUCCCUGUGGUGUUUUGUCUGACAUGUUUCUUCAUGGUCUUCCUCUCACUGUACUCCGACCCUUUCAACACUGGAAUUGGAUUCGUCAUGUCCCUCACUGGCAUCCCUGCUUACUACAUUUUUAUCUACUUCAGCAGACCAAAGUGGCUUCAAAAAGCUUUAGACUCCUUCAACAGAACAGUGCAGAUCAUCCUGGAGGUGGUUCCUGCUGAUCAGUGAUGGAGUCUGCUGCACAGUUUUCCGUUUCACUGAGGAAGGAUGAAACUAAUUCCAAAAGCCACCAAGCAAAAAUCUUUUUAGAGAUGUUUACUUUGAAGUUUAC